AAAAAAAACAAAACAAAACAAAAAUGUGUCCAUUAUUAAUGAGAAAGACAACACAAUAAAAUCUCUAACAAAGUGGGCCAUGGAUCAACUACUAUCUAAUCUCUGAGUCUGAAUCUGGCUAAGGAGAGAAAGAGAGAGUGACACUCUCACUCUCAUCUCAUAUUUCAAUUUCAUUACCAUUCUUUCUCACUCGCCACAUUUGGGUCUCUCCGCCAUGUCCGACGUCACCAACCUCUUACGCCCCGUCGGCGGAACCGAGUACAGCUGGUGCAAGGCCGUACCCCUCGGCACUGGAAUUACUGUUCUAGCCCUCUCUCUUUCAAACCCACCUGAUAUCACAAAUCUCCAAAAUACCCUCCACCAUUUCCAAACUUCUCACCCCAUUCUCAACUCCUACAUCCACUUCAAUCCCAUAACCAAAUCCUUCUCUUACUUAAAACACCCCGACCCACAUCUCCAAAUCGAACCCUUUGAUCUUCAAUCAACGGCUCAGAUUCUCCAAGACCUCCAAAAGGACGCACAAAACGACGCCGUCACACCUUUUCAACUCAUUCUCGAGCACGAGCUCAACCGCAACAGCUGGCUCGAUCCCGACGUCGAUGCUGACGUGUUCUUCGCCAGCUUGUAUUCUCUGAGCGAGGCCCAAUGGUGUGUGGUGUUGAGGCUUCACACGUCGGUGUGCGAUCGAGCGGCCGCGGCGGCGCUGCUGAGGGGUUUGCUGAGGAAAAUGAGUGGCGGAGAAAGGGAAUUUGAGGGAAAUGGGGAGGUUAGUUUGGGAAUUGAGGAGAUUAUACCAAAGGGGAAAGGUAAUAAGCCAUUUUGGGUUCGGGGAGUAGACAUGGUUGGGUACUCGUUGAACUCGUUCAGGUUGUCAAAUUUGGAGUUUGUAGACCCAAAUUCGUCGAGACAAUCUCGGGUGGUGAGGCUUCAGAUGAACCCGCUUCACACCCAGAAUUUACUCGCUGGUUGCGAGGCAAGGGGAAUAAAACUGUGGGCGGCUUUGUCAGCCGCUGGACUGUUAGCUGCACAUUCAUCUAAAAAUCUUCCUGAAGACAAUAAAGAAAAAUAUGCUGUCGUAAUUCUCACCGAUUGUCGUUCAAUUCUCGAACCACCUCUUUCAAACAACCAUCUUGGGUUUUAUCACUCUGCCAUUCUUAACACUCAUAACAUAACCGGAAGAGACACACUAUGGGAGUUGGCAAAAAGAAGCUACACGUCCAAUGCCAAUGCCAAGAAAUCAAACAAGCAUUUCACAGACAUGUCUGACUUGAACUUCCUCAUGUGCAAGGCCAUUGAAAACCCGAGUUUGACUCCUUCGUCUUCCAUGAGGACGGCUUUCAUGUCGGUUUUUGAGGAUUCAAUUGUCGAUCAAACUGCUGAAUUGCAACAAGAGCUUGGCUUGGUGGACUACAUGGGAUGUGCUUCGGCUCAUGGAGUUGGUCCCUCGAUUGCGGUUUUUCACACCAUACGUGGGGGGAGUUUGGAUUGUGUUAUGGUUUAUCCGUCGCCCUUGCAUUCGAGGGAACAAAUACAGGAUUUGGUUGAUCGUAUGAAGAGCAUUCUUGUUGCUGGUUGUGUUAGUGUCGAAGAUGUUGAAAGUAAUGGAAGUUAAUUGAUGAUGAUAUUGUGUUUGACUUGUUUGGGGUAAAAAGUAAAAAACUAUUUGGAUCAUUUCUAAACCAAAUAAUGUUGGUUUAAAAUGCUGUAAUAAUCAUGUGUUGUCAAACUUGAUUUCAAUUUCAGCUACAAAUAAAAAUAAAGAAAGGUAAAAAAUAAAAAUAUAAAA